AUGCCUCUUCAUACCAAGCUCACGCAGUUGCUGGGAUCGCGUUCCGUGGUACAGGGCGGUAUGCAAUGGGUUGGCCUACCUCAACUGGCAGCAGCAGUUUCGAAUGCGGAGGACUGGGUGACCAUCCCCGCUGCGCUCCGAGAUGCCAUCCGGGAUACGCGCAAAAUGACAAGCAAGCCCUUCGGUGUGAACAUCACCCUUCUUCCCAGCAUCAACCCACCCGACUAUGAGGGCUAUGCUCGCGUUGCUGUCGAGGAGGGUGUCCGGAUAUUCGAGACCGCGGGAAACAACCCGGGUCCUCUUAUCAAGUUCUUCAAAUCUCAGGGAUGUAUUGUGAUCCACAAAUGUACAACAAUCAGGCAUGCGAAGUCAGCAGAACGUAUGGGCGUGGACUGCCUCAGCAUCGAUGGCUUUGAAUGUGCUGGACAUCCGGGUGAAGACGACAUCGGCGGCCUCGUGCUUCUCGCGCGCGCGGCACAGGAGCUGAAGAUACCCUACAUUGCCUCGGGCGGUGUCGCGGACGGCCGGGGACUGGCUGCGGCUCUGGCGCUUGGAGCAUGUGGUGUGAACAUGGGAACGCGCUUCAUGUGCACGGUCGAGAGUCCAAUUCACCAGAACAUCAAGGACAAGAUUGUGGCCUCCUCCGACAGGACACGGUACACAUCUUCCGCACGCUCCGCAACACCGCACGCGUCUUCAAGAAUGCGGUUUCGACCGAGGUCGUGCGAUCGAGCGCCGCCCCGGCGGUGCCAAGUUCGAGGACAUCCGCGACCUCGUUCUGGCCAACGGGGCCGCCGGGUGUACGACACCGGCGACGCCGACGCCGGCAUCUGGAGCGCGGGCGUCGUCGUCGGGCUCAUCAAGGACUGCCCGCCGUGCGCGGAGCUCCUUCAACGCAUCGAGCGGGACGCCGAGGCCGCUAUCGAACAAAUGGUGGCUCUCCGGGCUCCGAAGGCGAAGCUCUAA